AGAUUGAGUUUGCUUACUCUAGAAGCAUCCUCGUGGUCUUUUAAGUUCCUCAAAUCUUUAUUCUAUUCAAGAUUUCUAUAUUUCACAUUUAAAUUAUUACGCAUACAUCGAAAUUAAUUAACAUUUUAUUGAUAAUUUUAAAAUUAAAAAAAGGUCUCUUUUAUAGUAAUUUAUACCUGUUGUUUAAUUUAAAUUUUGUUAUUUAAUAUUUAAAAUAAUAUUGGCAAGUAUAUUCGAUGCGAAGGUCAUUCACAUCAUUUUUUAAAAUUUCUAUCAUAUUUAAUAAUUUACUUUUUAAUGUCAUUGACACUUUUUUUUUUUUUCGAUUUAAAACUUUGAACAUGUUGUGAAGUGGUUUAUUGAAAUUUUUAAAGUUUUUUUUUUUUGUAAUUUUUUUAUGCAUCAUAUUAAAAUUCAAUAAAGAUAAAUAUUAAUCAUCUGGUAAAACGACGUUCUGUAGAAAAAUGUUGAUUAAAAAAAAAACAACAUUAUUUGUGAUUCUGCUAACUAUUUUAUCAUUGUCGGUGACAAACGGUGAAGAAGAUGGUCAUUGUAUUUGGUAUGGUCAAUGUUAUGAGGAUGAACUACAACGUGCAAAAAAUUGUCCUUACACUGGUCCAGCCAAGCAACUCGAUGAAGAAAGCCAACAUCUUUUAAAAAAAAAUUGUCCACAUUUAAUUGAUGAUGCUGAUAACAUAAAAGCAUGUUGUGAUAUUAAACAAUUAGAAACACUUGAUUCAAAUCUAAAAUUAGCUGAAAAUUUUUUAGCAAGAUGUCCAAGUUGUAUGAAUAAUUUGGUAAAAACAUUUUGUGAAAUGGCCUGUAGUCCAAGACAGAGUUUAUUUUUAAAUGUCACAAAAUUUGGACCAAAUAAUACGUAUAUUGAUGAAAUUGAUUUUUAUGCAAGUCGUCAAUUUAUUGAGGGUACUUUUAAUUCUUGUAGUAAAGUUUCAGUGCCAAGUACUGGACAGUAUGCACUAGAUAUAAUGUGUGGUCAAUGGGGUGCUAGUAGAUGUACUGCUGAUAGAUGGUUUUUUUAUAUGGGUGAUAGUGCUAAUAAUUUGUAUGUGCCAUUUCAAAUUACUUAUAUUAUAAAUGAUGAUAAAACUGGUAAUUUUACACCACUAAAUCCAGGUGUAACACCUUGCAAUAAAGCUAUUAAUGACAAAUUCCCUGCAUGUAGUUGUGUUGAUUGUGAAGAUAGCUGUCCGAUACCACCUCCAGCACCACCUCUACCUGAACCUUUUCGAAUUGAGGGCUAUGAUGGUGUUACUUUUAUUGUUACCAUUAUUUUUGUUAUUGGAUCGAGUUUAUUUUUAUUAAUGACAUGUUGCUUUAAUAAUCAUAGUAGAAAUAAUACAAAGUUGACAAUUAGCUUACCAGUUCAAAAUGUAGAUGAAGAAUCAAGCUUACUUGAAAAAUUUGGAGCUCAUUUUGAUCAAUCAUUAGAAACUUUUUUCUGCAAAUGGGGAACAUUUUGUGCUAAAAGACCUUGGACUAUUCUUUGCAUUGGAAUGCUAGCAAUAAUAGCUUUAAGCACUGGAAUAAUAUUUACAAAAAUGACAACUGAUCCUGUUGAAUUGUGGGCAUCACCAACAUCACGUGCUCGUCAAGAACGUGAAUAUUUUAACAGCCACUUUGAGCCAUUUUAUCGCAUACAACAAAUUAUUAUUACCUCGGUUGAUUUACCAAAAAUUAUUCAUAAUUCAGCAAAUGGAAUAAUUGAAUUUGGUCCAGUCUUUAACGAAACAUUUCUGAAAAAAAUCUUGGAACUACAGGAAGAAAUUAAAUUGAUAAAAACCAUAAAUAACGUAAGCUUAUCAGACGUUUGUUUUGCACCCUUGGCUAAUACGUUGACCAAAAAAAUUAAUCUUGACAAAUGUUUAAUUCAAUCUAUAUGGGGCUAUUGGGAAGAUAAAAUUUCUAGAUUUGAUAAUAAGAGAAAUGAAAGUGGUUUUAUAAUAAACUAUUUAGAUCAUUUUAAAGAGUGCACUAAUAAUCCUUACAAUCCUUCGUGUCUUGGAUCAUAUGGUGGACCGAUUGAACCAGCAAUUGCUGUUGGAGGUUUUUUAAAUUCAGGGGAAACUCUAAAGAAUCCUCCUUACGAAAAUGCAACAGCAAUUGUUUUAACGUUUUUAAUUAAUAAUUAUCAAAACAAAACGAAACUUGAGCCAGCUUUGGAAUGGGAAGAAAAAUUUAUUGAUUACAUGAAAAAUUGGACCGAAAAAGCAAAGCCACAGUAUAUGGAUGUGGCAUUUUUUUCAGAAAGAUCUAUUGAAGAUGAGCUGGAUCGACAGUCACGUUCAGACAUUUUUACAAUCAUGAUUUCAUACAUCAUCAUGUUCGCUUAUAUUGCAAUUACCUUGGGACGAUUACGUUCAUUUAAAAGACUAUUUAUUGAUUCGAAAUUUACACUUGGACUUGGGGGAGUUGUUAUCGUCUUAGCAUCAGUCUCCAGUUCAGUUGGAAUGUUUGGAUACAUUGGAGUUCCUGCUACUUUAAUUAUCAUAGAGGUCAUUCCAUUUUUAGUGCUUGCUGUUGGAGUUGAUAACAUAUUUAUUCUUGUUCAAACACAUCAAAGAGAAGAAAUUAAACCAGAUGAAUCAAUUGCUGAACACAUUGGUCGAAUUUUAGGAAAGGUUGGGCCUUCUAUGUUGCUGACAAGUGUUUCAGAAAGUUUUUGUUUUUUCUUGGGAGCCUUAUCAGACAUGCCAGCAGUUAGAGCAUUUGCUCUUUAUGCUGCUGUAGCUCUGCUUAUUGAUUUUAUCAUGCAGAUCACGUGCUUUAUAAGCCUAUUAACACUGGAUACCAUUAGACAAACUGAUAACAAAUAUGAUAUUUUCUGUUGUAUUCGAGGUGCAACGAAAAUCAACAUAAAAAAAAAUACAAAUGGAAUUCUUUACGAAAUUUUCAAAUAUUGCUAUGUACCAUUUUUACUACAAAAGUGGGUAAGACCUGGAGUGGUAUUGGUAUUUUUUGGCUGGCUUUGCAUGAGUAUCAGCGUCUUACCAAAAAUACCAAUUGGUCUCGAUAAACAAUUGUCAAUGCCAGAAGACAGUUUUGUUCUUAAAUACUUUGUAUUCCUCAAUGAAUUUCUGUUGAUUGGACCACCAACAUAUUUUGUAGUGAAAGAAGGACUUAAUUACUCUGACAAAGAAAUACAAAAUCUUAUUUGUGGUGGCCAAUACUGCAACGCUGAUUCUCUAUCAACCCAAUUGUUUGCUGCAUCUCAACAAACCAAUGUCACGUAUAUUGCCAAACCAGCUUCAUCUUGGCUUGAUGAUUACGUUGAUUGGACAAAAGCUGAGGAUUGCUGCAAAUAUUUUGCCUCAAAUAAUUCAUUUUGUCCUCACUCUAACUACAUGUGUAGAUCUUGCGAAAUUAAGUCUGAUAAAUUUGGAAGACCUAGUUCACAUGAUUUUAAAAAAUAUAUAUCAUAUUUUUUACAAGAUAAUCCAGAUGCAACUUGUGCUAAAGCUGGGCAUGCUGCUUAUGGACAAGGUGUUAACUAUCGGUCUGAUAAAAUUACCAAUUUGUCUGAUGUUGGAGCAUCCUACUUCAUGACCUAUCAUUCAAUAUUGAAGACAUCAGAGGACUAUUACGAGUCUAUGAAGGCUGCUAGAAAAAUAUCAAAUAACAUCACGAAUAUGAUCAAUGACAACUUGAAGAAAAUGAAUAUCAAUAGCACUACUGAAGUUUUUCCUUACAGUAUUUUCUACGUUUUCUAUGAACAAUAUUUAACGAUCUGGUCAGAUACUCUUAGAAGUAUUGGAAUAUCAAUACUUGCAAUUUUUAUAACAACAUUUUUGCUGAUGGGAUUUGAUGUACUUUCAUCACUCAUUGUUGUUGGUACAAUUUCAAUGAUUUUAAUUGAUAUAGGAGGUCUCAUGUACUGGUGGAAUAUUGAACUUAAUGCUGUCUCUCUUGUCAACCUUGUUAUGGCUGUUGGAAUUUCUGUGGAAUUUUGUAGUCAUAUAGUCCACUCAUUUGCAACCUCAGUCAUGGAAACAAAAACCGAACGUGCUGCUAAUGCUCUCAUAAAUAUUGGAAGUUCUGUUUUCAGUGGAAUAACGCUGACAAAGUUUGGUGGAAUUGUUGUUCUUGGAUUUGCCAAAAGCCAAAUUUUCAAGGUAUUUUAUUUUAAAAUGUAUUUAGGAAUCGUUUUAUUCGGUGCAGCACAUGGACUUAUAUUUUUGCCAGUACUACUAAGCUAUAUAGGGCCACGGAUGAAUCGUAGAAAAUUAUUGAACCAUAGAAAAUCAUUGAUAAAAAAUGAAUAUCUUCAGAGUCCCGAUUCGUCUUCAGUGAAUAAUUCAAGUGGAAUGUAUUCAGCUACAUCGUCAAUAACUGGUGCUGAUCUUUCUCUUUAGUUAUGCAUUAUUUCAAACAUUACAAACAAAUUAUUAAUACCUACUUGUUACAAUUUUUGUUCGAUAUUUGUGUUUAAUGUUUUGGCGAAAAAAUUUCGAAAUUGGGGUGACAAAACUCAGGACAAAUUUUGCUCAAAUCUACUUUUAAAUUUUUUAAUUGGCGAUUGGUUUUUAUAAUUGGUUCAAGUCAAACUAGUUGCAUAAGAAAGUUCUAGAAAACCAAUGAGCCAUGUAUGUUAUUAAAUAUUUCCGAGUCCAUCAAAUAAAACAGUUAGCUCAACUUUUGCUAAAUUGACUAAAAAAUUAUAAAAUAUAGAAUGUAAAACAAUAUCCAAAAUAUUUAAAUCUUAUAUGAAUAUUUAAAUAUUCUUUUGAAGAUCUACAAUUUUAUUUGUUUAAAUGUCUAGUUUAAUUACUCACUUUUCAAGGUAAACGAAAAAAAAAAAAACCUCCAAUCAA